CUACGAGGCACAGUGGGGGGAGACACACACACACACACACACACACAUACACACACACACACACACACACACACACACACACACGGGGCCUAGUCGCCACAUCUUUCAUGUGAGGAAGCUGUGCCGCUAAACCACCCGUUUUUGGGCUCCCAAAACAGCUCCGGCCCGGGCCUCAGUCCGCGGUCUAGAGUUUGACAGCGGGCCGUUUGAGACUGACGCACGUCGGCUUGUAACUGCCAGCCUGCCUGCCCCCCCAAACCACCAUCAUGGAAGACAGCAGAGAUUCCCGCAGCCCCGACAGCUCCUCUGUGUCGUCCCCGCCGUCGGGCCAACGCUCGCCCCCCCUGGCGUCCUCAGCCGCAGCUUCCAUGACCUCCCUGCCUCCCAUCAGCACCUCAGGAGUCAACAGUCCCAUCAGCAGCAUCGGCUCCCCCUUCUCUGUCAUCAGCUCCUCGCUGGGCUCGCCAUGCCUACCUGGCACGCCAUCGGUGGGAUACGGCCCGAUCAGCAGCCCGCAGAUCAACUCCACAGUGUCCAUGUCGGGGCUCCACGCUGUGAGCAGCUCUGACGAUGUGAAACCUCCGCUGGGCCUGAAGCAGCUGUCGGCCCACAGUCCAGGGCCGAUGCUCUCUCAGAAACGCCUUUGUGCCAUCUGUGGAGACCGAUCCUCUGGUAAGCACUACGGCGUCUACAGCUGCGAGGGCUGCAAAGGCUUCUUCAAGCGGACAGUACGCAAAGACCUGACCUACACGUGUCGGGACAAUAAAGACUGCAUGGUGGAUAAGAGGCAGAGGAACCGCUGUCAGUACUGCCGCUACCAGAAGUGCCUGGCCAUGGGCAUGAAGAGAGAAGUGGCCGAGAUGAACGUCAGAUCCGUUCAAGAAGAGCGACAGAGGAACAGGGAGCGGGACGGCGAGGUGGAGUCGACUAGCAGUGUGGUGAACGAGGAGAUGCCGGUGGAUAAGAUUUUAGAGGCGGAGGUGGCUGUGGAGCAGAAGACGGAGCUUCAUGCUGACGGCAGUUCAGGCGGCAGCUCUCCCAACGACCCGGUUACCAACAUCUGUCAGGCAGCAGACAAGCAGCUCUUCACCCUGGUGGAGUGGGCAAAGAGGAUUCCUCACUUCUCAGAGCUGCCUCUGGAUGACCAGGUCAUCCUGCUACGUGCAGGCUGGAAUGAACUCCUGAUUGCAUCGUUCUCUCAUCGCUCCAUCUCGGUGAAGGACGGGAUUUUACUGGCCACCGGCCUGCACGUCCACAGGAACAGCGCUCACAGUGCAGGUGUUGGAGCCAUCUUUGACAGGGCGCACAAUGCCGAGGUUGGGGCCAUAUUUGACAGGGUUUUGACAGAGCUCGUAAGCAAGAUGAGAGACAUGCAAAUGGAUAAGACGGAGCUGGGCUGCCUUCGAGCGAUCAUCCUCUUUAACCCAGAUGCCAAGGGUUUGUCUAACUCCAGUGAGGUGGAGCUCCUGAGAGAGAGGGUGUACGCGUCUCUCGAGUCUUACUGCAAACAGAAAUAUCCAGAUCAACAGGGCAGGUUUGCAAAGCUCCUCCUCCGGCUGCCGGCGCUGCGCUCCAUAGGUCUGAAGUGCCUGGAGCACCUGUUCUUCUUUAAACUAAUCGGUGACACACCCAUUGACACCUUCCUGAUGGAGAUGCUUGAGGCCCCUCACCAGCUCACCUAGGGGGGGGGAACCAGGGGGGAGCCAGGUCGGGUCCGAUGGGGGACCCCAUGCACACCAGGAAGGAACACCAACAGACCCCCUCACGUUGGCUCGUUGGCUCUUCUCAUUGAGACUAACUUAACUGCAGCACCUGCUGGUUUUAAAGUACCGGCUGUCACACACACACACACACACACACGCACACGCACACGCACACACACACAUUCUCCCUGUCACUGGCUAUUUAU